AUGGUGGAGAAGCGCGGCGCGCUGCAGCGGGACGGCGUGUACCGCUGGUUCUCCGAGCUGCCCUCGCCGCAGCGCGUGGAGUUCCUGUGCGGCCUGCUGGACCUGUGCAUCCCGCUCGAGCUGCGCUUCCUCGGCUCGUGCCUCGAGGACCUGGCGCGCAAGGACUACCACUCGCUGCGCGACUCGGAGAUCAAGGCCAACAACCCCGCCGACCUGGGCAGCCUCACCAACCUGACGGACGAGGUGGUGCGCAGCAAGCUGCUCGUGUCGCUGGCGCUGCUGGGCUCGGAGCAGCGCGAGGCGGCGGGCGUGCUGUACCGCACGCUCACGCACAUCGACUCCAUCAUCCACAACUACGGGCUGCAGCUCAACGAGGGCCGCACGGGCGAUGAGUUCCUGCUGCUCUUCACCAUGGCCUCCAACCACCCGGCCUUCAGCUUCCACCAGAAGCAGGUGCUGCGCCAGGAGCUCACGCAGAUCCAGAGCAGCCUGAGCGGCGGCGGGGGCCACGGCGGCAAGGGCGCGCCCGGGCCCGGCGCGCUGCCCACCUGCCCGGCCUGCCACAAGGUCACUCCACGGACCGAGACCCCCGUCAGCAGCGUCAGCAACAGCCUGGAGAAGGCCCUGCACACGUCCGCGCGGCCCCCUGAGGAGGCGCUGCCCAAGAGGUCGGCGGGGAAGCACUGCAAAGUGACCGUCGAGAAGAUAGACCUGAAGGGGUUGGCCCACAAGAAAAACGAAAGAAACAUCGAGUGUUCCUUUGAGGUCUUGUGGUCUGAUUCUUCAAUAACAUCAGUAACCAAAUCUUCCUCUGAAGUGACUGAAUUUAUUUCAAAGCUGUCUCAGCUGUACCCCGACGAGAACCUGGAGAAGUUCAUUCCUUGCUUGGCUGGCCCAGACGCCUUCUAUGUAGAGCGAAACCAUGGGGAUCUGGAGCCCGACCUGAGGUGUCUGGCUGCCCUGCCUUCCCACGUGCUGAAGAACGACCACGUCAAGAGGUUUCUCAGCCCGUCGUCUCCUGCCCAACAGCUUCAGAGUCCAAGUCCCGGCAACCCCCCGCUCCCUAAAGUGGGCACCGUGGUGGGCGUGUCUGGAAGGCCUGUGUGCGGUGUGGCCGGCAUCCCGUCCUCGCAGAGCGGCCCCCAGCACCACCUGCCGCACGCGGCCAGUGCCCCCGCCGUGGCCCACUGCUCCCACGCAGGGGCCUACCGCACGCAGAUGGACGCCACGCCCACCAUCCUGCUGCCGUCCGGCCUGCAGACCCCCCAGACGCAGGAGCAGAACGGGAUCCUGGACUGGCUGCGGAAGCUGCGUCUGCACAAGUACUACCCAGUCUUCAAGCAGCUCACCAUGGAGAAGUUCCUGAGCCUCACUGAGGAAGACCUGAAUAAAUUUGAAUCCCUCACCAUGGGAGCAAAGAAAAAGCUCAAGACUCAGUUAGAGCUGGAGAAGGAGAAGUCUGAGAAGCGGUGCCUGAACCCCUCGGCGCCGCCCCCGGUCCCCAGCAGUGGAGUGGCCCGCGUGCCCCCCACCAGCCACGUGGGGCCCGUGCAGCCGGUGCGGGGUAGCCCCGCCGCAGCGCUGCGGGUGGAAGUGGAGCAGCCACCUCACCAGACGGCCCGGGAGGGCAGCUCCUCUGAGUGCUCCAGCUCCUCGCCCAGCCCAAUGGGGGUGCAGGCCCGGGAGGAGAGCUCCGACAGCGCCGAGGAGAACGAGCGACGUGUGGAGCUGCGCCUGGAGGGGCCCCCCGACAAGGAGAAGCCCGUCAUGCUCCUGAGCCACUUCCCGUCGAGCUCCGCCCGCCCCACGGCCCAGGUCCUGCCUGUGCAGAACGAGGCAGGCUCCGCCCCGUCUAGCCUCCACGCGCUGCCCGCACAGAUGCUGCCGGCUGCCCCGCACGCGGCGCCCCUGCGCAUGCUGGCCGCCAUGCACAAGGCCGAGCGGGGCAGCACUGACGUGAAGCUGCUGUCGUCCUCCAUGCACUCGCUGCUGUCUCUGGAGGACAGGGGCAAAGUCUCCGGACCAAGAGGUGGCCUUAAGGUGGAGAAGAGCUUCGGCAAUGCCGUGAUGGACGUGCUGCCCACGCCCACCCCCCACCAGCCUGUGCCAGUCCUCUCUGGGCUGGCCGAGAGCAGCGCCAUGUCCCCCGCCGUCUCCUUCGGCCCCCGGGCCAAAGCCGUGCAUGCGGCCACGCUGGAGCGGGCGAUGAAGCCGGCCCCGCCGCCGGCGCUGGUGGUGGAGACCAGUAGCGCCUCCGCGGGCUCCUCGGGCGCCGUCUUCCAUGUGGCCCGGCCCCUCAAGCUCCUGGUGUCUUCCUCUGCGCCCACGGAGGCCGCCCUCUCGGGGCAGACGUCUUGCGCCAGCAGCGUGCAGAUCAGCGUGCCCCCUGCAGUCAUCAGCCCGCGGACGGCCCUGUACACCGCCAGCACCAAAGCGGCCUUCCCGGCCCUGGGCCCCCUGCAGGGCAGCUUCUGUGCCAGCAGCAGCACUGCCUCCUCCGGCACCCACCCCUCCGCGUCCUUCACCAACAUGGCCCCGGGGCCCGGCUGCCCGGCCCCCAGCUCCAGCCCCGCCCUCUCCUCCGGCCCGGACAGCGGCUUCUACGGAGGGGGCGGCGGUGGGGGCUCCCCUGGGAACAUCGCUGCCUCGGGCCAGAACCACCACCACCACCACCACCACCCGCCGCCACCCGCGCCCGCCCCGCCCGCCCCACCGCCCGGCUGCGUGGUGUGCACUUCCUGCGGCUGCAGCGGGAGCUGCGGCUCGAGCGGCCUGACCGUCAGCUACGCCAACUACUUCCAGCACCCCUUCUCGGGACCCUCGGUCUUCCCCUUCCCCUUCCUGCCCUUCAGCCCCGUGUGCGGCGGCGGCUACGUGGGCGCACAGCAGUACGGAGGGGGCGCCUUCCCCGUGGUGCACUCGCCCUACAGCGGCGCCGCGCCCCCCGAGCCCGUGCUGAGCGGCCAGUCCACCUUCGCCGUGCCCCCCCUGCAGAGCUUCAUGGCGGGGGCGGCGGGCGUGUACCAGGCCCAGGGGCUGGGGGGCGGGGGCGGCGGCUCCGGCCACAAGAAGAGCGGGAACCUGUCGUGCUACAACUGCGGGGCCACCGGCCACCGCGCGCAGGACUGCAAGCAGCCGCCCAUGGACUUCAACCGGCAAGGUACUUUCAGGCUGAAAUACGCCCCUCCCGCAGACGGUCUGGACGCCACAGAUUGAUAUUUUUCCCUGGCAGCAGAACACAAAUAAGCCAUGGAGACAUACGGAAAAUUAAAUACACAACUGAGAGUCUAGUUGCUGUUGAGCUUAAUAUUUUUAAUCCAAAGGUGCUUUACUUUAUAGACUGGAUGGAAGACCUAGCGUAGGAGUGCAGCGAACUCGGUUUAUUGCCAAAAUCCAGGUCGGAGCUUGAUGUCGGGAUGGGCCUAGCGGGCGAGCAUCUCCACGAGGGCGCCCGGCCGCGGUGGUCGCCACGCCGAACCCGCCGUCUCCCGGGGAACGUCGCCGUGCCAAGUCCUUCCAGGCUCACGCGAAAUUCCAGGGCAGCUACGAGACGGUCGGGAACUGAGGGGCGGAGCCCUCUGCCUGUGGGGCCGCCGCGGGCCGCGACACCCCAGCUGGGGCCUGUCACCUUCGCUGUGCUCCUGAGGCAGCCAGGCACCGCCUUCCGGCCUCCCGAGGGCCGCGCCGCAGGAGAACGUGGGCUGGCGGCCGCUCGGGCCAGCGCGGCAGAGGCUGAGUGUCCUUCCCUCGCUGAGACACUUGUAGCAUUUCAGGUCUUUAAUUUUUUCCCGCAAAUAAAAUGAUACUACAUUAAUAGAAAUAGAAAUAGUCAUUCGCAACAGAUGAUUUCUAAGGGUCCAAGUCCCGAGACGCCCUAGUGGGCAGAGCACCGAGAAGCCCUCCUCCAGGCCCCCGCAGCACCACCCUGCGUUCUCCACCCAGAGGAGCCCCCCGGGCUGCUCAGCCGAUGCCGUGUCCGCAGCAGCGUGGGUGAGGCCUCCUCACUGGACUCCGUGGCCCGAGGCUGACCAGCAGGCACGGGCAAGACAGUCCUGCCUCACGGGCGGCUGACGGGAGCCGCCUCCUCGCCACUUCUCCGUGCUGGGCUGGUGGACAGUUCCGUGGACAGUCACCUGGAAACCAUGCGGGGAGUGCCACGCCGCCGCCAGGGUCCAUGGCACAGGCCCAAGCCAGGAGCCUGCACAGUCUGGCCUCACCGCGCAGCCCUCAGCCGCCGCUGCGGCGAGAACACCUAAGUCCAAGGACGUGCAAGGGCUGCAGGGGGUUUUCUGCCCACGUCGCCAUUGUCAGUGCUAAAGCCUUCGAUGUUCCGAUGUUGGCUGAUAAGGCCUUGCCCAGGGAUCUUUCCAGGUGGAUAUUCAUGUAAAGAAUGAGACUCACAGACCCACGCCAUUCUUAAAAGUGCACAAUCAGCCUCAUGCGAAUUGAUGUUAAUGGAGAGAACCCCCCAGCACGCGAGGCCUCGUGACAUGAAGCUUCAGAUCCCGAGAUCCGUCCCUGCUUCGUGGAAGCUUAAAGCAGAAAGUUGUUACUUUUUUUAUAAAAGGCUUUUAGUAGAAUUUUUUAGAGUUUUAUUUUAGUAGAGUUUUAUUUCUAUGCAAUGCAGAAUUGACAGCUCUGUAUCCCCCGGCACAGUGUUACAUAGUGAAGGUGUUAGUGACGCGCAGCAGCUUCUUGGGGAGUGUCACGUGAUCUGAACCACAAACACGACGAGGGUCACAGUGGGAACCGACACUACUUUGCCUUAAAGAGCACCAGACGGGACUGGCACCGCGUUCAAGGAAGACUUGGUGGGUUCACUGAUGUUUACGACUAAUAUUUCUGAGGCCGUUCAGUGGCCUGGAUAUGUGCUGAAAGCCAAACUUUUAAAAUUUUUGGUUUUUUUUAAACAAAGAAAUAUUUUAAAUAAAUCCUGUUUCCACACGGUGAAGUUAUUGAAAACUGUCUCAUGAGCAAAGGAAAGCGUUUUAGGUUUUUGGUUUCAGUGGUCAGUAUUGGGGAAUGGAAGUUACCUGUUACCCUUGUAACUAUUUUGACAAAUACUGGAGGUUAAACCCAACAGCAGGCGAGAACAGACACUUCCGCUUGGUCG